AUGGCGAGAUGGUUGUCCUUCUUCGCGGAGUACAUCUUCCGGCAAGAUGGUGCAUCUCGCUGCUGUCACAGCGGACGUCUGUUCAAGCACCAUGCCAUGUCCAACGACUUUGUGUCGGACCGCGAUCCGCGCUUCACUCCGGACGGGCAAACCGAGCGCGUGAGCCGCGUGCUCGAGGGCUUGCUGAAGGGCUACGCCCAGUCGUUCCACCACUAG